AUUUUGAUGCAAAUUGUAGCUCGAUUUGUGACAAUAACACAGCGAAUUUUAACGAAUAAACUAGUUCGGGUUCUUGACGAUGACGAAAACCAUGUAAAUUGUAAAAAAAUACUUUUUAAAGUUUACCUAAUGAUAAUCACUCGACUUCUAUGAAACAAUGGCCACGUUGUCGGAUUUACCUAAUGAGUAAGGGGCGCCCAAUGUAGGUUCCGUCAUGGACGUUGAGAGACCACACUACGGCUCUGGACGUGAUCUUCAGUAAUUAGCAGGUUCUGGAGCACAUUCUGUCCUUAUUACCGUUGGAUGCUUGGAAGCAAGCGACUUUGGUGUGUCACAAGUGGAAAGCGUUGUGUUCCACUCGAAAAUGUAUGGCGAAGGUUCUUUUGAAAUUGGAACCCUCAGAACAGGAAGUAUCCGAAAUUUUCCACCACAUGCUCUUAAGUGAUCGCAAAUACCAGCACGUUCUUUUCCGAGGAGAGGACGACGAACACGAUGUGCUCCCCACCAUUUUGGAAAAGUUCAAACUGAAUUUGGAAAGCUUAUGUAUUAAAAGCUAUUAUGAAUCCAUGUUGACGGUGAGCCUGGGCUAUUUGCAAAAGUUAUUUUGCUGUCUCACGAUGCUGAAAGAACUACGCAUUCAAACGAUGGUUGAUUACGAAGAUGAUGCAUUUGACGUCCCGGAUAAAAUUGAGCUAUCGAAAAUGCCAUGUCUUCGUGUUCUGUACUUAGAAACUAGUUCGUUGGAAGCAGCAUGUUUUGACUGGAUCAAAAUUGCGCCACACCUUGAACGCUUGUACCUUCCUCAGAGCUCAACGUGCAGCAAUUUCAAAGCUUUGAUGAGCUUCUAUGGACCGCAGCUCUCAAGUCUUGGAAUUAGCAUGGGGGGUGAUCGAAGCUGCUGCGUUGGAGAAACUAAAUUAGAUUUCCCUAAAGUGCGGAAAUUGACAAUAGUAUGCUGGACAGGAAUAGGACUUACUCCAACAGCCCGGUUGAUCAAAUCAUUCACAAAUCUCCACGAACUUUCGCUGGGGCAUCACAUAUCAGAGGAAACGCUAUCAAUGUUAGCAGAAUCUCAUCCAUCCCUGGUUGUGCUUCGACUGUUCGAUACACUGCCUGAAAAUGGAUGGCAAAUCAUUUCAAAACUUCCCAAUUUAGAGCAACUGUAUUUAAUGCGAAUGACCAUCGAACUUAAUCAACUGACACAGGCGAAUUGCUUUGAAAAGGUGCAACAACUAUCUCUGAAAAAAGUAGAGGUUAAACAAAUGGAUGACUUUUUUGCGUUAAUUCAUGUGAAAAUGCCCCACAUUACGAGCCUGGAAAUAGCGGAUAUUGGAGCAAAGCAAAUAUCCUCCGCCUGCAAUCAGUUGUGCAACCUGCAGCGACUGAAUGUUGUCUGGAUCGAAGAUUAUAUAUCUUCUGAGAUAUUUGACGACCUACACCGCUGUACAAACCUCAGCGAGCUGCGAUUAAGCAGUCACGAUUAUCAGAAGGCCUUCAGCUGGACAUGGUUUCCGCGCUGUCCUAGUGUUCGCAAGCUAACUAUGUACUUCCCACAGCUAACGGACUUUUGUCCAUCUGGAACGGACAACAAAGAGUGGACAGCAUUUUCGGACUGUUUUCCAUCGCUCACCAGAUUAGAGAUUGCCAAGUGUCAGCUUCCACCAACAACGAUCGAGUCUAUCCAAAUGUUGCUCCUCAACUGUGAAAUACGGCACGUUUCUGAGAGAGGGCCUUUCCAAGCCGAUCACGACGAUGGAAUAAUGCAGUUUCGGGAUGGCAUCUAGUUUUUUUUGGCAGAUAACGCCAAUCAAAUGAAGUUAUGUAAAUAUCUUAAGAGCUUGUGGCCCUCCUUAAACUAACCAGUCAAGUUUUUUUUCGCGAGAUUCUGGACAUAGUAUAAGAGCUCUCACAAUUUCCAUUUCUAUUAAAAUUUCUGUAUUGAAAUACUAAUUUCUACGGUUUAGAAAAACACAAUAAAUAUAAAUAUACAG